CAUGCAUACAUUUUUGUGUGGAUUGUCAUUAUAAAAAUUUGAGGAGGAUAGAUUAGAUAGUAAAGAAACAAUUUUAAUUUAGUAUAGGGAGCCUUCUGCCAAGCAAUCCGAAGACUACGGCACUUAUGGGUUGUGUUGAAGUAUGGACUGGACACUUUUACAGGGCCGAAUUAAUUAGUUGACCCCCAGAAAUGGGGGUUGGGGGUUAUCUCAAUUGCAUGCAGUUGAGUUUUUAUUAUUUUAUUUUGGUCCAACAAAGGCUGUCAAUCUAGAAAAUUUCUCAUUCAAAGCGGAGAAAUUUUUUAGGAGAAAAUUGUAGUUUUCUUUAAGCUCGUUUGACUAUUCCAAAUCUCAUUGAACAAUCAACAAUAUUAUUCUUUUCUGGCUCACCAACAUGUAUAUAAGACUAUAUGGAGUCCCAUUGCAUCACACCUCCUUGGUUUUCUUCUUCUCGUUUUCGUUUCUGCUAAUUGUUCACAACAGCGACCCAACUUAUAAUGGCUGUUGAAGCUCUUACUGAAGAUCAGAUUGCCGAUUUCCGGGAAGCCUUCUGUUUAAUUGACAAGGAUGCGGAUGGAUUCAUCACUGUGGAGGAGCUAGCGGCAGUGAUUCAGUCAUUGGAUGGACAUCCCACCAAGAAUGAAGUUAGAGAUAUGAUAUGCGAAGUGGAUGUGGACGCCAAUGGGACGAUAGAUUUUGAUGAGUUCCUGAAUGUGAUGGCAAGGAAGGUGAAGGGCAAUGUGACGGAGGAGCUAAAAGAGGCCUUCAAAGUGUUUGAUAGGGACCAAGAUGGUUAUAUCUCAGCUUUUGAGCUGAGAAAUGUAAUGAUAAAUUUGGGAGAGAGAUUGACAGAUGAGGAGGCUGAACAAAUGAUUCGAGAGGCGGAUUUGGAUGGCGAUGGCAGAGUGAGUUACGAAGAGUUUGCCAACAUUAUGACAAUCACUUGAUCCCAUUUCAACAUUACUAAGAACAAUCUUUCAUUCAUGUUUGUUCAUACCAUUUGCCCUCACUGUGUACCAACCAAUAAAGUUCAAUAAUAAUA